CAUCGUCACAUGGGGACACCUGUAUUACAUCCGGUACUAGUACUUACGUAAGAACUAACAACUGGCAGGUGUGGCGUCUCUAUGCGCUAUACAAUCAAUCCAAACACCUGCUGGGGCUGUUCUAGAAUUCUGACCUAUUGUUGCCCUCACCAUAUGGAUGGAUGUCAUUUUUUAUAGUCGACGGAAUGCGUUCUCGGGUGAUUUUUUACUUGGAUCGAUCGUUGGCUGCGAGUUGAUCCCGUUUCAUUGCAUAGUGAAAGAAGGGCCUUCCUUCAACUUGGGACAUAUGCCUGCGAUAUAUUUCACCAUCCCCAUCAUAUGCUAUGAAUACUUUUCUAGUUAUACUCGCAGCUGCCAUCCUUGUGAAGAACGGAAUGAAGCCUAAUACCUACUAUGUGUUCACGAUUGUUCGACAUCAUAUCAUACACUUCAUCCUGAAUUUGACAGCCCAAAUCUUCUUGGUGGCACUGCGGGCUAAUAUUCUGACGGUUACUAGUCUCACCGAGCUCUUCAGGGAUACACAUGCCAACAAGAACUGCGCACGUGUCAGCAGGAUUGUGUAUGUUGAACUUCGCCAUCACAGCACGAGACCUCGCGCUUACGAUUCUGGCAUCCCGGUUCCCAAAUCAGGUUCAAGUCAACUUCAGGGUCGAGCGAGAUCAGGGUCGAUUCUGUAUUUUCGUACUCUGUCUGAAAGUGCGGAAGGGCAUGAUUUGUUCCAGAGGUCCAAAUCCACUCAUGGCUCCACUACCCUCCCUCUCUCAGCGCCGCUCCGGCCCUGCUCUCCACUCACACCCCGAGGGGUGCGAUUAGUACGCUGUUCUCCUCCUCGGAGGCAUCAUGGCCAUGCCUUUCCAAGAGAUCACUUUGCCAUAAGGACGUCACAAUGUUAACGGCCUCCAGACUCUUCGCUUAUUUCGAGCCCAAGAAGUGGAGUUGACUGCUACCAGUGACGCAAGGUGACCCUUCAAGUUAACUCGUAAAGGUUGUGACUUGUGGCGUCCUAAUGAAAAUUGUACGACAUCGUACCGAGCUUGCGG